GUACUUGAGCUGACAUGAAAGGCUUUUGGAUUUAUGACACGUGUUGCUCUACAAGCAGAGAAGAUGAAUCACCACCCGGAAUGGUUUAAUGUCUACAGCAAGGUUCAGAUAACUCUGAUUUCCCACGACUGUGGUGGACUGACCAAGAGAGACGUGAAGCUGGCUCAGUUUAUUGACAAAGCUGCUGCCUCAGUUUAACCAGGAUGUAAAUGGCUUUAAUACAGUGUCCACCUAUAUUCUGUGUUUAAAUGGGAUCCCUCGUUCCUUGUAAUCCUUAUUUCCAAAACUUGUAGAGGGAAGCUAUUUUAUAAAAGGAGUGGCUGAGCUUGUCUGACCUUCAAUACCUUAGUCUUGAGACCCCUUUGGAUUCCCAUUGCUGGCUCUGCAGGAGGAUGUAGUGGAUAAACCAGCAGUAAAUAAGUUUUCAACAAUUCUUUUUUAGAAAAUAAACUGAGCUGGAAUGAAACCAGGAGCCCACCCAUGUGGGCUAAGCCCACGGGACUGGUGGCAGCUGCCGUAUGAGCUUCCCCCAUGCCUGGCAGCUUCCCUCUUACAGAUUUGUACAUAUCUGCACUUCAAACAAGGUAAGAGCAGCUUGGCCAGGUCAGUCCCCUCUGGCUUGGUACCACCAUCUCUUGACCAGUGACAAGUGCAAGGACACUGGGGAGAGCAGUGCAAGCUGCUGCUGAUGUGUCCUUGGAGUUGAAGUUCAACUGGCAGGAACAGCUGUAUCCAGAGUUGCUGCUUGAGAGCUUUUCCCCAUCUGAGAGUAGAGAAUCACAUAACCACAGACUGGUUUGGGUUGGAAGGAGCGCCUUAAAGCUCAUCUCGUUUCACCCCCCUGCUGUGGGCAGGGUCACCUUUCCACUAGAUCAA